ACUCAUUGCGAAAUUUGCAAAAUCCAAAAAGUCAGUUUAACAAGAGGCUCAAAAAUAUAAUAUUCAAUAUGAGUUCCUGGGAUCCACAAAAUGAAAUCUCAAUUUCGGAUUCUGAAGACGAGGAUGAGGAUUUCAAGGCCGUUUAUCACGGCAGGGAUGUUAUUUUGUUUGUGGUGGAUGCAAAUUUAUACAAUGAGCCGGAUCGUUUAAAUGAGGCUUUAAAUUUGAUAAGAAGUGCCUUUCUGUCUGGAUUAUUGGUCAAUGAUAAUGAUUUGAUGGCUUUGAUAUUUGCCAAUACCGAGCAUAGCCCAGAACCGUAUGAACCGGAUUGCUUAGAGGCAAUCGUAAUGCCCGAGAAUUGUGCUGUUUUCCUGCCACCACGUCAAUUGAACACGGCCAUUGUGGAACACUUUCUACGAUUUGUUGAGACUUCGCCCAACGAUUUUGCAGAAGUAUACGGUGUGAGCAGCGGUAAUGGGACCAACUUUGCUCACCUUCUACGCUUAUGUUUGGAUUUGGUGCAGCAUUGCACCUACUCGGUGGAUAAUUCGACAAUAGUGUACCUGACGGACAAGGAGACUCCACAUUCCGCCCAGUCUGAGGGUUAUAGACAAGCGCUACAAAAAGCCUCAGAUUUAAGUGCUAAAGAAAAUAUUGAAUUCCAAGUUAUUCCUAUGGUGGAUAUAUUUAACUAUGAUGUCUUCUAUAAGGAGUUCAUUUGCCUGGUACGCGACAUUGAAAUCGAUAGUUUCGAGCCUGCCAAUCCCCAGCGGGCCAGAGAACUUUUGGCAGACCGUAAAAUAAAACAACAUUUUGUUCGUCGUUCGUUGGGCCAUUUUAAGUUGUCUUUAGGAUCAGAUCUAAGUCUGUCUGCUCAAUAUUUUAACUAUUUCCAGAAGGACAAGGGACCUCGCAAGGCUUUGAUACAACGUACCGACAAUGCGAUAGUACGCAGGCAUCGUCUUACCAAAGUGUUUAAGAAAAAUCCGGAGACGUCUGAGUUGGAGCAGCCUCGCGCAAUUAACAUUACGGACGCCUGGUACGAGAUUAAUUUGGGCAGUUCUGCAAUACGUUUAUCAUAUGAGCAAGUAAACCGCGUACGCAACCUUCACGCUCCAGGUAUGAUGUUGUUGGGCUUUAAACCACGCUGCGAACUAUCCAAAGCCCUUUUCUGCAAAUCCUUUAAUUUCAUGUAUCCCGACGAUGGUCAUAUUAUUGGUUCGAAGCGGUUGUUCCGCGCCCUUUGGGAACGUUGUAAAGCUAGGGACAAGAUCGCAGUUUGCCUGUUUAUGUGCAAAAGAAAGUCUAUGCCACGUUAUGUCGCCCUAGUACCGGUUUCAAAAGAUGAUGCCGAAUCCGAUUCCUAUUACUCUUUGCUGACGAAUGAUGGCUUCAAAAUGGUGUAUUUGCCCUGUUCUUCGUAUAUUCGCAAUGUCGAUUUAGCGGAAUGGAAUUCCGUAGAAAACCACGCCCCAGAUGAAGGGGUAGAAUUGUGUAAAAAGAUUGUAAAGAAAUUCCGUUUAGAUUUCAAGCCAGGAACUCUAUGCGAUCCAGAGUUGGACCAGUUGCAAUCUAAACUGUUGGCGUUGGCCUUUAAUGUAAAAUACGAACCUUUAGGUAGCCAAUAUUAUCCGAAUACUGAGCAACAAGACCAGAGAAUUGCAACCUUACUCCCCAAAUUCGAAGAGAUAUUCGGUGAGGAUGUGGAAGCGGCCAAGAAAAGGCCAGCUUCCUCCAACAGAGGGGAAGCGUCCAGUGCUGCAAAGACAAUCAAGUUGUCAGCAGAUAAUUUGAGUAACAAGGAUUAUGUCUUGCAAAUGAUAAGGAACAAAUCCUUAGGUUCCUGCACAAAAGAUCAGCUGGUGCAAAUAUUGCAAACGCAUUUCAAUAAAAAAGUGGCCAAGUCUACAAAGAAACCAGACCUACUGGAUAUUUUAUAUGCUUUUUCAAUAAAUUAAAAAUGUUUUUUAUUUACAAAGGAAUAAUAAAAUUAGAUUUGUUAAUACAUAA